UGUCUUCCUGUUUUUCUGCAUUUAGCAUCCAAGGCUGUGGAGUGUCUGCUGGACUCCAAAUGGGCCAAAGCUAAAAAGGGAGAAGAGGCGCUGUUCACCACCAGAGAGUCGGUGGUGGAUUAUUGCAACAGACUCUUAAAGAAGCAGUUCUUCCAUCGAGCUCUUAAGGUGAUGAAGAAAAAACCAGAGAAAGACGCCAAAAAAGAGAAGGAGAAAGAAAAAACCAAGAGUGACGGCAGUAAAGAAGAGGAGAAAAAAGGGAAGGAGAAAGAGAAGAAGAAGGAGUCUGAGAGCGUUGAAACCAAGAAAGAGAAAAGUGAUGACAGCCCUGGAACCCCUAAGAAGAAGAAAGAGGUAAAGAAAAAGUUUAAACUGGAGCCUCAUGAAGACCAGCUGUUUCUGGAUGGAAACGAGGUGUACGUGUGGAUUUACGACCCGGUCCACUUCAAAACAUUUGCAAUGGGCUUGAUCCUGGUCAUUGCAGUGAUUGCGGCCACCCUGUUCCCUCUGUGGCCAGCAGAGAUGCGUGUUGGCGUUUAUUAUCUGAGUGUUGCAGCGGGCUGCUUUGUGGCCAGCAUCCUGCUUCUAGCAGUGGCUCGCUGCAUCCUCUUCCUGAUUAUAUGGCUGGUGACUGGUGGACGUCAUCACUUCUGGUUCCUGCCCAACCUGACAGCAGAUGUGGGCUUCAUCGACUCCUUCAGGCCGCUCUACACUCACGAAUACAAAGGGCCACGAACCAGUGACAAGAAGGGGUCAGAUAAGACUGACGACAAGGACAGCGGCGCUUCCCUCAAGGCUCAGAAGUCGGACAGUGACGAGAAGUCGGACAGCGAGAAGAAGGAUGCUGACGAUGAGGAAGAGGACGAAGAUGAGAGCAAGGAGGCAAAGCGAAGAGAAACAGACGACCGCCACUCGGAUACAGACAGUGACCGCCGGGAGGACGAAGGCUCGCAGCACAGCAACGGAAACGACUUUGAAAUGAUCACCAGAGAGGAGCUGGAGCAGCACACAGAAGAGGAGGAAGAGGAUGAAGGAGAGGAGGAAGACGAGGAGACAAACGAGAGGAAAGAAAGUAGCGAGAGUGAGUCGAAACCCCAGACUGCUGAGAAAUAAACUUCCUGUUCCAUCACUCUAGUUUUGUCCUCUGCCUUCCUUUCCCUCCCUGCUAUGAUCCAGGACCUGCUAGUCCCGCCUCUCUGAGUGCAAAGAGGCUCCAUCUCAUGUUGGUGAGCUCUUCUACUAAACAGAACCGGGACAGACAGACAGACCCCUCAAAGGUUUACGGCUAUGAUGAUGGGGAAAAUGUAUAAAAAAAAAUAAGCCUUAUGAUGGAAAUGAUUCCUCUCCAAUGAAAUGUUAUUUAUGUUCAAAUGAAACUGCUGCUGGACAUGUUUGCCUGAGGAACCCAUCAGACCAAAGCAUCACCUCUGAGGGUUUUCUGUUACGGUUCCUUGUCUUACAAGGUCGGGUUUACAUCGCCAUCACUUGGAUUAUAUGGAGUCAAAUCAAGGUGGCGUCAUAUUGGAUGGUUCAGGAAGCACAGCACUGGUGUCAUCCUCAGAGUUUCAUAUAAACCAGUGAGUCUGAUGCAUUCCUCAGGCAGCAGUGAUCAGUGUGCCAGCUGUUCAAUCCUCAACACGGAUGGACCAAAUCCUGGGCUUUAUUUAAAGAGAAAGACCACAUUGUGACAAAAUUAAGACUAGUAUGGGUCGCUUAGGUACUAGCUUCAGGUUGAUCUCAAUCGAUUAGUUCUUUUAUUGUAUGAAUUCAGUUCAUAAAGAAAACAGAUUGAAUCAGCACACAGUCAUUCAGAGUGUUUACUUCUGUUUAUUUUGAUGAUAAUGGCUUUUAGCUGCUAAACGUUAAGCUGCACAACAACGGUCCUAAUCUAUUCCUCCAUUAGCAGCAGUACAAUGCUUCUAUCCCUGUUGCUUUUGCACUUUUUGCUUUCAUUUAACUUCCCAUUAAUGUCUGGCUUUUAAAUUACCCAUUGCAACCAUUUUACCAAAUGUUUUUCUUCCACUAAACUUCCAGGACUUGUGCUUGAAAACAGAUCUCAGUGCACCCAGCUUAUUUAGUGAAGACUGUCUGACUAGAAAGGCCUUAACAUAGGCAUGACAAUUCUGUUUAGAAUAAAUAAACAAUUAGGUUUUCUGUAAGCCAUUUUUGGCUGUAAACCAUAAUCUUAAAAAUGAACAGAAACAAAAACGCUUUGAAAUAUUUUACCAUAUAAUGAAUCUUGGUUUAACUUUUUGAACUGAAUUGGGUUAUGGUUCGAUUCUGAUCAAUUGAGACGUUUACUUUGGGAUUGUUUUUGGCUUAUAAUAGUUGUCCACUCAGUAUGAACUUUGUCUUCAUUCAGUUUGCCCUCAAGAACACAUUUAAGCUCCUGGAGACAGCUGGCAUACUAAUUAGUUUUUUUUUUAUAUUGCAGAAGUUGCUGAAGAAGUGUGUCUGUGUAAAACCAUAAGUUGACUAAAGCACUGGGAACAUGAGCAGAUAUAAAGAGAACUCUAGUGCCAAACACACCAGAUGAUACAAUUUCAGCAUGAUCAACAUGAAGAGCUGAGCUUGAUUUAAUGAAGCCGUUCAUUUUGGAAAGGCAUUGUCCCAAUUCUUCACAUUCUUAAAGCGUACAGAUGAAACACAGCAUAAAGAUGACGGUAUGCAAGUAAAGAAAGAGGAUUUUGGUUUAAAUGUGUUCACAUUAGACUGUAAUCCAAAGGAGUCGUAUCUAGUCUUGCACAAGCAAUCAGUGGGCUUAUUUUUUUGAGUCCAAAUCCGCUCACUGAUCAGCUGAGGUCCAAGCUGUUUCACUUUAUCUUCGGGCUAGAACGGAUUAGAUGCUCUUUAUAGGCAUAGCAAGGAUUAUAUUUAAGUAUGAAACAGAAAUGUAUCAUUUAUAUAUGGUUUCUAUUAAUGUACCAGAUAUAUGCAUAUAGUACUCAAAGUCUAAAACUAUGGAACAAGACUUCUGCUCAUUUGUGUCUAAUUAUUGUUCUCAUCCGAGUCAUCUAGUCUAACUUUUACAGGUAGAAUCUGGGAACCGUUGGAUUACAGCAUUUUUAGAUUUGCCACGAUGUCAAGUGUGUGAUUGUGCUCGGUUGUAUGUUGCCAGGUCUGCUUUUCUCCCUCCAAUGAUCUGUUGUUUACCUGGAGUAAAGAAAGCAGUUACAUCUGUGCUGCUUUCUGUAUGUUCCUCAUGUUACCUGAACUUGUCUAAUCUGUGUUACAGUUUUAUGUUAUUUUUUAUCCUGCCAUAGUCCUAAUAAGGUGUGUAUCUCUGACUUUCUCAUUUGCAUGUUUGUUUUGUUUAACAUUCUGUUUUUAACCCCUUUUUCUUUCCAUUGGGCAGAAGCACACCUGUUUGCAGUCAGCCUCUGGUUUUCCAUUUCACAUGAAAUCUACAAGCUUUUCGGUCUGUUGUGUAUUGUAGUGUUAUUCUAAGCUGCUGCUGCUUCUCAUCACUUCUCUGGGGAAAAUAAAUAUAAAAAUGUAAAAACUUCCA